AUGGACGUGGAAGUGGACGUGGACAUGGACGUGGACGUAGACGUGGACGUGGACGUGGACAUGGACGUGGACGUAGACGUGGACGUGGACGUGGACGUGGACGUGGACGUAGACAUGGACGUGGACCUGGACAUGGACAUGGACGUCGACGUAGACAUGGACGUGGACGUGGACGUGGACAUGGACUUGGACAUGGACGUGGACGUGGACGUGGACGUGGACGUGGACGUGGACGAAGACAUGGACGUGGACGUGGACGUGGACAUAGACGUGGACGUGGACGAAGACGUGGACAGGGACGUGGACGUGGACGUGGACGUGGACGUGGACGUGGACGUGGACAUGGACGUGGACGUGGACGUCGACAUGGACGUGGACGUGGACGUGGACGUGGACAUGGACGUGGACGUGGACGUCGACAUGGACAUGGACGUGGACGUGGACAUGGAGGUGGACGUGGACACGGACGUGGACGUGGACGUGGAGGUGGACAUGGAAAUGGACGUGGACGUGGACGUGGACGUGGACGUGGACAUGGACGUGGACGUGGACGUGGACAUGGACGUGGACGUGGGCGUGGACGUGGAGGACUUGGACGUGGGCGUGGACGUGGAGGACUUGGACGUGGACGUGGACGUGGACGUGGACGUCGACGUGGACGUGGACAUGGACGUGGAUGUGGACGUCGACGUGGACGUGGACAUGGACGUGGACGUGGACGUGGACGUGGACGUGGACAUGGACGUGGACGUGGACGUGGACGUGGACAUGGACCCGGACGUGAACGUGGACGUGGACGUGGACCUGGACGUUGACGUGGACGUGGACGUGGACGUGGACGUGGACGUGGACAUGGACCCGGACGUGGACGUGGACGUGGACGUGGACCCGGACGUUGACGUGGACGUGGACGUGGACAUGGACGUUGACGUGGACAUGGACAUGGAAAUGGACGUGGACGUGGACAUGGACGUGGACGUGGACGUGGACGUGGACAUGGACGUGGACGUGGACGUGGACAUAGACGUGGACGUGGACAUGGACGUGGACGUGGACAUGGACGUGGACAUGGACGUGGACGUGGACGUGGACGUGGACGUGGACGUGGACAUGGACGUGGACAUGGGCGUGGACGUGGACGUGGACGUGGACGUGGACAUGGACGUGGACAUGGACGUGGACAUGGACAUGGACGUGGACAUGGACGUGGACGUGGACAUGGACGUGGAUGUGGACAUGGACGUGGACAUGGACGUGGACGUGGACAUGGACGUGGACGUGGACGUGAACAUGGACGUGGACGUGGAUGUGGACUUGGACAUGGACAUGGACGUGGACGUGGACGUGGACGUGGAGGACUUGGACGUGGACAUGGACGUGGACGUGGACGUGGACAUGGACGUGGACGUGGACGUGGACGUGGACGUGGACGUGGACGUGGACAUGGACGUGGACGUGGACGUGGACGUGGACGUGGAGGAACAUGGACGUGGACGUGGACGUGGACGUGGACGUGGUCGUGGACGUGGACAUGGACGUGGACGUGGACGUGGACAUGGACGUGGACGUGGACGUGGACGUGGACAUGGACAUGGUCGUGGACGUGGACGUGGACGUGGACGUGGACGUGGACCUGGACGUAGACGUGGACGUGGACGUGGACGUGGACGUGGACCUGGACCUGGACGUAGACGUGGACGUGGACGUGGACGUGGACGUGGACGUGGACGUGGACAUGGACGUGGACGUGGACGUGGACAUGGACGUGGACGUGGACGUGGACAUGGACGACGUGGACGUGGACGUGGACAUGGACGUGGACGUAGACGUGGACGUGGACGUGGACGUGGACUUGGACUUGGACGUGGACGUGGAUACGUUGACGUGGACGUGGACGUGGACGUGGACGAAGACAUCGUGGACGUGGACGUGGACGUGGACGUGGACGAAGACAUGGUUGUGGACGUGGACGUGGAUGUGGACAUGGACGUAGACGUGGACGUGGACGUGGACGUGGAAGUGGACAUGGACGUGGAAGUGGACGUGGACAUGGACGUGGACGUAGACGUGGACGUGGACGUGGACAUGGACGUGGACGUAGACGUGGACGUGGACGUGGACGUGGACGUGGACGUAGACAUGGACGUGGACCUGGACAUGGACAUGGACGUGGACGUAGACAUGGACGUGGACGUGGACGUGGACAUGGACGUGGACAUGGACGUGGACGUGGACGUGGACGUGGACGUGGACGUGGACGAAGACAUGGACGUGGACGUGGACGUGGACAUAGACGUGGACGUGGACGAAGACGUGGACAGGGACGUGGACGUGGACGUGGACGUGGACGUGGACGUGGACGUGGACAUGGACGUGGACGUGGACGUCGACAUGGACGUGGACGUGGACGUGGACGUGGACGUGGACAUGGACGUGGACGUGGACGUCGACAUGGACAUGGACGUGGACGUGGACAUGGAGGUGGACGUGGACACGGACGUGGACGUAGACGUGGAGGUGGACAUGGACAUGGACGUGGACGUGGACGUGGACGUGGACGUGGACAUGGACGUGGACGUGGACGUGGACGUGGACAUGGACGUGGACGUGGGCGUGGACGUGGAGGACUUGGACGUGGGCGUGGACGUGGAGGACUUGGACGUGGACGUGGACGUGGACGUGGACGUCGACGUGGACGUGGACAUGGACGUGGAUGUGGACGUCGACGUUGACGUGGACAUGGACGUGGACGUGGACGUGGACGUGGACGUGGACAUGGACGUGGACGUGGACGUGGACGUGGACAUGGACCCGGACGUGAACGUGGACGUGGACGUGGACCUGGACGUUGACGUGGACGUGGACGUGGACGUGGACGUGGACAUGGACCCGGACGUGGACGUGGACGUGGACGUGGACCCGGACGUUGACGUGGACGUGGACGUGGACAUGGACGUUGACGUGGACAUGGACAUGGACAUGGACGUGGACGUGGACAUGGACGUGGACGUGGACGUGGACGUGGACAUGGACGUGGACGUGGACGUGGACAUAGACGUGGACGUGGACAUGGACGUGGACGUGGACAUGGACGUGGACAUGGACGUGGACGUGGACGUGGACGUGGACGUGGACAUGGACGUGGACAUGGGCGUGGACGUGGACGUGGACGUGGACGUGGACAUGGACGUGGACAUGGACGUGGACAUGGACAUGGACGUGGACAUGGACGUGGACGUGGACAUGGACGUGGAUGUGGACAUGGACGUGGACAUGGACGUGGACGUGGACAUGGACGUGGACGUGGACGUGAACAUGGACGUGGACGUGGAUGUGGACUUGGACAUGGACAUGGACGUGGACGUGGACGUGGACGUGGAGGACUUGGACGUGGACAUGGACGUGGACGUGGACGUGGACAUGGACGUGGACGUGGACGUGGACGUGGACGUGGACAUGGACGUGGACGUGGACGUGGACGUGGACGUGGAGGAACAUGGACGUGGACGUGGACGUGGACGUGGUCGUGGACGUGGACAUGGACGUGGACGUGGACGUGGACGUGGACAUGGACGUGGACGUGGACGUGGACGUGGACAUGGACAUGGUCGUGGACGUGGACACGUGGACGUGGACGUGGACGUGGACGUGGACGUGGACGUGGACGUGGACUUGGACGUGGACGUGGACGUGGACGUGGACGUGGACGUGGACUUGGACGUAGACAUGGACGUGGACAUGGACGUGGACGUGGAUGUGGACAUGGACGUGUACAUGGAUGUGGACGUGGACGUGGACGUGGACGUGGAGGACUUGGACGUGGACAUGGACGUGGACGUGGACGUGGUCGAGGACGUGGACGUGGACGUCGACAUGGACGUGGACGUGGACGUGGCAGUGGACGUGGACGUGGACCUGGACAUGGACGUGGACGUGGACGUGGACUUAAACAUGGACAUGAUCGUGGACGUGGACGUGGACGUGGACGUGGACAUGGACGUGGACAUGGACGUGGACGUGGACGUGGAAGUGGACGUGGACGUGGACGUGGACGUGGAAGUGGACGUGGACGUGGACCUGGACAUGGACGUGGACGUGGACGUGGACGUGGACGUGGACCUAGACGUGGACAUGGACGUGGACGUGGACGUGGAUGUGGACAUGGACGUGGACGAGGACGUGGACGUGGACAUGGACGUGGACGUGGACAUGGACGUGGACAUCGACAUGGACGUGGACGUGGACGUGGACAUGGACGUGGACGUGGACGUAGACGUGGACAUGGACGUGGACGUGGACGUGGACGUGGACGUGAUCGUGGACGUAGACGUGGACAUGGAUGUGGACGUGGACGUGGACGUGGACGUGGACGUGGACGUGGACGUCGACAUGGACGUGGACGUGGACGUGGACGUGGACGUGGACAUGGACGUGGACGUAGACGUGGACGUGGAGGUGGACGUGGACGUGGACGUGGACGUGGACGUGGACGUGGACUUGGACGUGGACACGUGGACGAAGACAUUGUGGACGUGGACGUGGACGUGGACGAAGACAUGGUUGUGGACGUGGACGUGGAUGUGGACAUGGACGUAG